AUAGCAACCUCCAAUAACAUAUAAAAUGGUGGAUAUUUUGCUUGUAUAAGAACAGUAACUAAUAUAUAUAAACAAUUAAGUAAAUUCUUUUGCCGCCAAGAGUUUGUCUAGAAAAGAAAUUUUAAGUUUUUUAUAAAGAAAAUUAAUGAUCAUGGCUCAGGCGUAUAAAGAUUUAAUCGCUUCAGUAAAAAAAAUUCUUGAUACCUUUGAUGAAAACAGUGUGGCUUCAGAAACUCAUCUUGAAGAAAGUCUGGCCAGUUUUGGCCCUAUAGACGAAACAGAAGAGAUUUUCAUUACGAAUGCGUUUAGCGACUGUGUUCAGUACUCAAAAGCGUUAAAAGUAAUUGUAGAUGCUUUUUACGCUCGUGAUGGAAAGAUUAUGCUUAAUAGCGAAAAGCAUAUGUAUACAGUAUUCGCCUAUCUAAUGUUACUUGCCUACAAGGACAUCGGUUCAAGCUGGUUCAAUAAAUGCGUUUUGUCACACCAUACAAAAAAAAUGUAUACGUUUUUUCAAUUCGCUACUGAUGAAAAACAUAUUUUGACCUGGAUGAAGGAUGAAUGGAAUAAAUUAUAUGAUACCAGCUUUGUCCAAGAACAUUUCAUUAAUCCUUUACAAAGGCAUCUUCCAGAACUUCGAAACUUAGUUGAUUCUUUAAAAGAUAAAUUGGAUAACAAAAAUCAAUUAAAAGAACCAAAAGAAAUUCCCAAAACAAACUCUAAGCCGUUUAAUUUAACUGAAGUAAAACCUAGAAAAAUACCCAUGCCACAACCAAUCCCUAAAAUGCCUAAAUGCAAAGAUGCACCUGAAGUUAUCUACAAACAGCCUGAGGAAUUUGAGAAUUUACAAAAGAUCUCCAAGGAAAAUAGAAGAUAUGCCGAAAAAAGACUAAUGGACGCUACCAGAUCUCAAUUUUCUUGUGCUAAUACUGCACCGUCAGAUAAAACUGUAGAGAAAAGGGAAAAUAUCCUGAAUGAGCGAAAUGCCGAAUUGAAAUUUAAUAUGUCUAAAGCCCACCCUCUGCCAAGCGUUAGUGGUAGACAAAAGCCAGUUGUAAGACUUAAUGCUGCUGCUAUUUUAAGAGAAGGUGAAAGGUAUCGAAAAGUGCAAGAAGAAGAAUGGGAGAAAUUAGUAAAAUUAGAGUCCGGUUACGGAGAUAGUGACCAAUUUGACAAUUGGCAGAAUAGGGUCAAGGAACAAGACGAAUUAGAUGCGAAACUAGAAGCUGAGCGUCGAAGGAUGUCCGGAAAAAUUGCCUAUGAGGAGGCAAUAAUUGCCAAGAAAGAGCAGAUAGAACAAAAAAAGGUUGAAGUUCAACAGAUGAAGAAAGAAGCAAGAAAGCUCAUGCAUAUUUACAUGUUGAAAAAACUCGAUAUGGAGGAGUCGCAAAAGCAUAAAGUCAAAAAUGUUCAAGAUUCUCAUCAGAACGCUCAAGAAGCUAAAAGAAAGGUUAGGGAAUAUAAAGCCGGAAUUGUAAAACAAGUGGCGGAAGAACGUAAGGAGUUAAUGGAAAGGGCAUUAAAAGAAGCUGAAGAGGAAAUGAUGAAGAAAAUGGAACUCAUCAGAGAAAUUCGAGCCUUAGAGGCUGUUCCCAAACAAAGGGAAAAACUUGUCGAUUUGACAUCUACACCUGGACACGGUCUCUUAACAGAGAUGUCGGUUGCAGAGCUCAGAGAAAGAUUAACAUGGUUAAGAGUAGAACAGAAAGAGAAAGAAGAAGAAAGGCGAGAUCAGAUAUUCGCAUCGAAACAAGCAAAAGAUCAGUUGCUAAUAGAUACAAUAGACACAAUUAGCAAACAUAGAAACGAAUUAAGCAAAGCAGCAGCUAUGAAGCUUGAGCAAAAGAAAGUUACCAGACUCCAAACAGACACCGAUGUUAAGUCUAAUAGUAAAAUUAAUGCCUUACAACAACGUCUCGACGACCUGCGAUUGCAGAGAAAGGAAACCUACAACCACUUGGGUCACGGCGUUGCCAAGCAGCUACCUAAAAAGCUUCCUAGUGGUAACAAAUCGGAUACCAGAUUAGCGCAAAUUGAAAAAGGAAAGGAAAAGAAAGACAAUCGCUUGGGACCGUCUAUUCAUUCAAAAUCUGCUCAAAGAAUUGCAACUGCUGGAAGACAGACUGCUUUAGCUGCUUUUUCGUAAAUUAAAUGCAUGUUUUUUUCAGCGUCCAAAAGAAAAUCAAUUACAAAUACAAACACAUUACAUAUAGUGUAUAUAUAUAUAUAUAUAUAUAUAUGUAUAUAU